CUCGCUCUAUUCACUCUAUUCGCCUUAUCCCAUCCUUCUAUUCCCCCUAUUCGUAGCGCAGGAAGCCACGGUAUCGUGGCAGCUUGCGCUCAUGUGCUCCUUUAGAGAUGGCGGAUAUAUCUCCUUACAAACGCGACUUACCUUUCAUUCAUCGAGCUUGGAAGACUGCUGUCGAUCACCUGUCUCCAUAUAGCAUGGGCAUCAAACUCUCCUCGGCCAAUGAUGAUAAUGGGAUCAGCGGUGACCACGGUCCUCGUGCGCCAAAGAGACGUCGCAUAGUCAAUGAUUCACCGGACUCUACUCCUAACGGUGCUGUGGGCCACCUGCUACCUGAGAUGGCAGAUGACUUCGAGAAAGCGCUUCGCGUCGAGGUCCUUCAGAUUACUCACAAGGAUAGCUCCAGUUUUAGGUCUAGCAACUUACUGAAUGGCACCGGUUCUCCCGCCAAAAAGGACAUCCCCAGUAUCCGUGUCCGCUGCAAGCUUAGCAUUUUUCGGUGGAGAGUAGCCAAGGAGAUACGGGUGCUAUAUUGCGAUAGUCAAUUAUGCAGUCUCAAGGUCUUUCGAGACUCAGACGAUGUCUGUCGGAGAGCCAGAAUCUAUUUAAAUUCGCCAUUUCAUGUUCCGGCGGAUAAGAUUUAUGUUGAACGAGAUGAUAACAGGGGCUUUGCCCUGGCCGACCAUUACCUGGUUCAAGCCGAGCUAGAGUCCGCCGGUGAUCCUGCCUGGCCACCUAUUGACCUACUGCCCAAGGAGGAAACGCACGACAUACUCGUCAGUCGCCCUCAGCAUUGGGUGCUUUCGUCUCAGGUCGUCUACAGGUUUGAGAAGCAUCGGACUUCGGCUCCAAUCAAAAUCAGGAAGAAAGUGGGCACUGAAGCUCCGCUUGAUUUGAUGAUGGAUAUGGAUCUGAGAUGGUCCGCAUGCCAUAGGCCGGGUAGCACCACCGACGUCGAAGUUUCUCCGCCAGAGACCAGGGCUCAGGUAGAGGACGGUGCUUUAGAGCCACUCACAAAUGGCUAUAUUAAUGGGAGGGUAGACCAUUGGGCAAACGAUUUCUCGAAAGAUGAUCAGGACACGCUAAUGGAGGAGGAUGAAGAGGCUGAAGAGGCGACAACUCCCAGUCGUUCGCUGAGGACGAGAGGAAAACCACAAAAUUAUAAUCUGAAAUUGCUGAGCGAUAAGGCGCGAGGCAAAGAACGCAAGGAGCGUAAGGAACGGAAACAACGGAAAGCGGCAGAUGCAAAGAGCCACGGUGACCAAGUUACGUGGAUAACUCCACAAGGUAAAAAAGUUCCGCUGGAAGAUUAUCAAUGCAUACGAUGUUUUGCGGUCAACUCAUCCAUGGGCCAACUUAUAAAGCAUAUAAGGGUCCAUCCUGAGUUUAAGUAUGAUGUUGAUCCAGAUACCUCUCGCAUCUGGGUCACUGACCAUGGCCAAGAGACUCCGCGCCGCUCUAGGUCAGCCCAGAUAGAUAUAUCAAGCCUGGACGACGACGACGACAGCGACUUGGGUGAUGAUAUAUCCCCUCAAAGGGCCCAAAGAAUUUUAAAGCGACCGAAACCUUCACAGCCAUGGGUUUCGAGUCAGCCUAAGGAUACAAGGCAGCUUGUUCCGAACAAUAAGCAACCUAUGUAUGAUCAUCUCAGCAAAGCCUUACUUGAGCCUGGAACCUUGGUUGAUCCACCUGCUAUCGACGACACUUGGCUGAUGCAAAAGCAUCGGGACAUCAUUCGUGAUUACAGCGAUGUUCACCAAGAUGAAAAAGAGUAUAUCUCGGAAUGGGACGCAUACGUCAACAAAGAAUGCGUUACAUCGGAACCUCAUUUACAAGAUGUUUAUCUUAAGUUUUGCCAAAGCAAGGGAGCGUGGUUAACCGCGUCUCAGAGUCGCAUGACGGAAUUCUCGAAGCAUCUCAGUUACCUAAAAGCGAGGAAUGCUCUAGCCGAAUCAACAAUUGCUGAGGCUCUCACAAUUAUGCGACAGGCACGGUCCCAGAAGCACCCUGAACCACUUGAGAUAACGAAGCCGCCAUCCCCAAGAACUGAGUAUCGCAAGUCCGCAUCAGGGUGUGCUAUUUGCGGGCAACCAGUCCGGGGCCCGGCUAUGCUCAUCUGCUCUAAUCUAGACUGCGAUAAACCUCUCUACCACGUUGAUUGCAUAAAGGGAACCGCAAAUGUACCAGUUAAGACACGCAAGUGGCGCUGCAACGAAUGCUGCGAGUCAUAAGAAGUUCAUUCCGAAAAGAAAUAU